AUGUCCACUCCUUCACACCCGGAUUACUAUCCUCAAGAGUAUGUCGCUUCCUCGGGAGAACAGCUUUUGGGAACGAACCAAAUAGAUCAGUCUCACCAUUCCAAUCAUCCAGAACAAUUCCAUUCCCUUCCCACAUACGACAUCUCGCAGCAAAAACUGAAAAAUUAUACUUUUAAUGAGCCAAAUAUUUACUCCCUUCAGCAAGUUUAUCAAACUCCAUCAAGUGAUUAUUACCAAGGUACCGAACUAACAUCAAUAAAUGCCAGCCCUUCAAUGCUGAGUAAUAGUGUCAGGCCAGUUUCAUUAAAUAUCCAGCAAGGUCCCUCCAUUGUUCCUUCUCUGCAGCAGCUUCAGCAGCAUCCUUAUGGCAAUUCAAUGUAUGCAUCAACUGCACUAGGGGGAACUUCCAAUCAUAUUGCACCCGUGAGAUAUCAUCUGCACCAUCAUUCAAACACUUCGACUGUAUCUUCGUCCUCAAACCCUUCGCAGACAAAACACCUGAGGACUUCCUCAAUCAGUAACGAUUUUCCAGAGCCUGUGAAACCUAGAAUUGCGACCACGUAUUGGGAAGAUGAAAAUACUAUGUGUUAUCAGGUAAAAGCCCGUGGUGUUUUAGUUUCUAGAAGAGAAGAUACAAAUUUUAUUAACGGAACAAAGUUAUUAAAUGUCAUUGGAAUGACAAGAGGAAAGAGAGAUGGAAUAUUGAAGUCAGAGAAAACCAAAACCGUCGUCAAAGUAGGUUCAAUGAACUUAAAAGGAGUGUGGAUACCAUUUGAAAGGGCAGCUGAAAUUGCUAGGAAUGAAGGGGUUGAUAAUGAUGAAUUAUUGGGGCCAUUGUUUGUUAAAGAUUUAAAGACGUACUUUAAUUUGAAAGGGUAUAAAUUAAAAAUCGAAGAGACCGAUCAAGAGCUAGAAAAUGGGCACAGAGAGCAGGGAAACUCAUUUUUUGAGUCAGCUAGCGUAGAAUACCCUUUGUCAAAAAAUAAUGGUAAUCGCUUACAAGCCGGUGUGCCUACGAAACCAACCUCUUUACUUCGUCAAAAUUAUUUUGAUGCGAAGCCUUCCGUAAAUUUGGGUGCGAAAGAAUAA